AUGCUGAGCUCAGGUCUUCCCCCUGUUCUCCUGUUGCUCGCAGCGCUGGAGCCGAGCUGGUCCCUCAGUGAUGAAGAAAAGAAGAUCAUCUUGGACGGGCAUAAUAAGUACCGCUCCCAGGUGUCUCCUCCCGCUACGGAUAUGCUGAAGAUGAGCUGGGACACGGAGCUGGAGGCCUUUGCUCAAGCCUACGCAGAGAAGUGCAUCUGGGACCACAACAAGGAGAGGGGCCGACGGGGGGAAAAUCUCUUUGCUAUGGCCCCAACCCUGGACCUGGAAUUCGCCGUGGAAGACUGGAACGCAGAGGAGAAAUACUACAACUUGACAACCUCCACGUGUGUCGCAGGGCAGAUGUGUGGCCACUACACCCAGGUGGUCUGGGCGAGCACGCAUCAGAUCGGCUGCGGGGCGAAGUUCUGUGAGAAGAUCGACGGGCUCGAAACAGAGGACAUGUACCUGCUGGUUUGCAACUAUUACCCGCCGGGUAACAUGAGAGGCCGAAAGCCGUACAAGGAAGGAACCUCGUGUUCGCAGUGUCCUGAGGGCAGAGUCUGCGUCGACUCUUUGUGUGAACCCAUUGUAGAAGAGACC